ACUCUACACGGUUAUCAAGACUUGGUAAGUGCCAUGCGCUUGUCGCCUGAUGUCUACGGAUCGAUCGCUACCGCUACCAUGUAGAUCUACUAGUAGUCUACAGUACAGGUCAGUACAGCAUCAUGGGGCAGACCUGGUCCCUUGCGUUCGAAUUACUAUCCUCCAGCAAGUAUCUCCAAUGUUUCAAUGGGCAAUGCUCAUGGUAAACUCUUCUAACCACUCACAGACUCCUGCAAUAUUCAUGGUCACUAGUUGGGCGGAUCGGACAGAUAGGGUGCCCAUCGAAGAAGGGAGUCUCACGAAUAGGUGACGUGGAGGGCGGCAGAGCGGCAAGAGACUUGUAAGUUGUAGCAGCGAUACAGACGAACCACGCUUCAGUUUUGAUUUGCAGCGAGUUACGCCUGCAUGUCUGGUGUUUCUUGGGCGCGUUCGCAGACGCUGACUGGUACGGCAGUAUACGUCCUUUUGCUGGAGGUACCCAGUACUGGUAGUAGAUCUACAGCUGUUGUUUAUCCUACCGAUCAGGGGACUCGAGUCGCGAGGUACAGUGGGUUUGCUGAGAGCUGCCAAUGCCACUAGACCAUCAUCAUCAUGCUCGUGUGUGCAACUAAGGGGAGUGGUCGCUCCGGCAAGUUCGGCGUGCGGGCUGCGUACAUGUACACACCGCCAGUCCUAGCGGACUACAUACACGUUGUCCUAUUGGUCCUUGCUAGCGUAUUGCAGAUGGCACUGAGGAGCGACGCAUUAUACUGUCCAUCCGGCUCACAGCUACCCCAGAUCUGCCUGAACGAGAGACGGCAGGAAGGUUACUCGUGCGAAACUCCGAACUGCGAGAUCGAUUUCGACAACAACGUGCACGACGGUCUGCCGCUCGGACGGGGCUUCGACUUUUCCAAGGCUACAGACACCAUCUACACGAAUAAGCCGGCCAUUCUGGCCGUCAAAUACUGCAAAGACGUAAGCAACCUGAAGACCAGCAACUACCGACUGCCGUGCGAAGUCCUGAACAUCCUUGAUCGGUCGUUUGAUGCCAACUCGAUCUGCGUGAACAAGACCUAUCACACACUGAGGGAUUACGUCAGGGCCAUCUCGUCCAAUGCCAGAUUUGGCACGUACGAUGACCUGGACUUGUUGAUGAGUGGUGGUGGUUCAGGGCUGGUGGAACGCAUGCGUGAGACUCAGGGAAUCACGGCCCUGUGCGACCGCUUCUUGAAGACGAAGACGAUCAGCAUUCGGCCGGAGUGCGUGGAGCUGACGCCGACAUUCCUUCGCUAUCUGGCGCAGCUGGACGAGACAGACUUCAGACACCCGUCGUACCGGGCUCUGAUCGAGACCCACGGCACUCACGUUAUCGUCGGCGUGCACAUGGGCGGUCGCCUACAGGCACACAGCUUGAUAUCGGCGUGCCACGCGGAGAACUUCCGCAGCGCUAAGGCAACGGUGGAUGCGGGCCUCCUGGACGUCAUCAACUUCCACCUGGGAGUGAAGAGCAGCUUGUCUCAGGCGGCGCGGGACGUCAACGCACAGGCAUCAGUCACCGUCUACGGUGGCAACGCCAGCUAUACAAACUUCUCGCAGUGGAUCGACUAUGCGCACUCUGUACGCGGCCAGGAGGCGGUGAUCAGCUUCAGUGAGUUGAAGCCACUCGAUGAGCUAGUCGAGUGUAGCGUCAGUACGGCAGACGACAUUCCACGCAUUGCCAGGAUUGCGCCGCUACUCAGGAUGGCCCUGGACGACUACAUCAACAGCUCUCAGAUCGCACCGCCGCAUGGCUUCAGCGGUGCCGUCCCGCUUGCUGACUACUGCAAGAAAGUUGUGUAGUACUACUAUGUGUUGCAAGUUACAGUGGGCCGCUGGUUGCCUGCAGGACUCUGCGCUGCAAAUUCGCACUGCAUGCUAUAUCUUUUCCUUCUUUUUACCAUGGUUGGCUAUCACCCACAUCUUCCCGUUUUGGCUGCCAUCGGAAGCCUCAAGAUGUUGAAUGAAUAAAUAUUAUGCUAAGUGGUUAUAUGGUCUCCAUGGUUACACUCUGAUCAUGAUGUCAUCAUCCGAAAAGUGGUGUACCAACUACACUACGUCCUGACUAACGGAGUCAGUUUUAUUUCAUUUUAAUACAUGCAUGACAUGUACAUGUACAUGACUGCAUGUAUAUCCUGAGCCAGACGCUGUCAGUGGCUGAGUGGAGUCAAACUGCAGGGGAACUGUCACUGGUACAUCAGAGACCUAUGCCGCAUGCCUAGCGGCCUGAGCGUGCUGGCAGUGUCACGAAUAUGAAAUGGACAUUCGCUGCCUGCUGUACUCUUGUUUCCACAAUUCCCUCGUUACGGCCAUGUUUGCUUCUAUCUCCUGGCCAUCAACAUUUGAAUACAUGUACACACUAGUCAAAACAACAGUUGGCCCAGUCCCCAGCGUUUUAAGUUUGGUGCCAUCUUAUACAUUCAUCAAGUGCCACGGUAUGAACGUCAUCAGUGUAGGUGUGGACUAUCGUCGGGCCAGCUGUUGCUUUCACUAGUGACCGUAGUGUUCCACGUGCUGCUUCUGUUGUAUUGAGCGCUCUUGGAGUUCUACAGCUUUCUCACUGUCUUGUAUAACUAAUUACUUAUAUUCUUGUUUGGCCCGGAGUAACAUAAUACAGGUAUUAUACCUGCAUGUCCACGGGCCAGACUAGGAUGUAGUUUUCGCACUAUUA